AUGGCGAGGGGAACGGUGGUGACGGUAAAUGAAGAAGAUGAUGAUGUGUGGAUGGAUCUUUGUUUGAUUUUGGUCUCUCUUCAAUCUGAUGAUCUUGCCUCCGUCGCCGCGGUCACCGAGACAACCACCGUCCCGGCUCCUACUUCUGCCACUGCCGCCGCCGAGUCCACUGCUGGCGCCGAGUCCACUGCUGGCGCCACAAUCGCCUCCUCCGGUGCCAUAGCCACCUCCGCUGACACAAACACCAACAUUUCCCAAUCUCCGGCUGUUGAGAAACCUGCUGCCACCAAUGCCGCUGCGUCUUCCGAUACUCCUGCUGGGGAGAAAGAAAAAGAAGAUGAAACCCCGAAAUCUCCCACCCGCCAGGACGCACCUCCUAGCCCACCCCAACAAAUGAUGGGGGCUCCAUGCCCUCCCCGCCUCAUCAAGAGGAAAGAUCCUGCCCUGGCGCCACCAUUACCUCUGAAGCAGCCCGGAUUGAGCAAGCUCCUGCUCCCGAGGGCAGCUCUACAAGCUAUUACAAUAUGCUCCCCAAUGCCAUCGAACCCUCAGAAUUCCUGCUCACUGGCCUCAACCGCGACGCCAUAG